CCCGCCUAUCUGCACAGCUUCGACACCCGCGUCUGCUUCCUGGACGUGGGGCUCUACCUCUUCGCCGGCACCGCCCCGGCGGUGCUGCUGCUGCUGGUGCUGCCGCUGCUCUACCAUCGCGCCUACUGGCGCCUCCGGUACCACUUCUACCUGCUGCGCGCCUGGGCCAACGGGCGCUGGCAGCGGGAGGAGCGCCGCUAUGCCUACGACAGCUUCGUCUCCUACAACUCGGCCGACGAGGGCUGGGUGCUGGGGGAGCUGGUGCCCGAGCUGGAGCGGGGCUCCCUGCGCCUCUGCCUGCACCACCGCGACUUCAGCCCAGGCAGGGCCAUCAUCGACAACAUCGUCGACAGCAUCUACAACAGCCGCAAGACGGUCUGCGUGGUCAGCCGCAGCUACCUGCGCAGCGAGUGGUGCUCCCUGGAGAUCCAGCUGGCCAGCUACCGCCUCUUCGAUGAGCUCAAGGACGUCCUGGUCCUCGUCUUCCUGGAAGCCAUCCCCGACGCCGAGCUCUCCGCCUACCACCGCAUGCGCCGGGUGCUGCUCAAGCGGACCUACCUGCGCUGGCCCCCCGAGCCCCAGGCCCAGCAGCUCUUCUGGGCCAAGCUGAAGCGUGCCCUCCGGAGCGGCUACGCCGAGGGCGAGGAGGAGGAGAAGGAGGAGGAGGAAGGCUGCGGGGAGGGCAGCAAGCUGCUCUAG